AUGCAGCAAUCCUUAGCGCCGCAAUACGGCCACCAGCAGCAUCAUGGGGGACAACAGUACCACCCCUCACAGCAAGCACAGCACCAACAGCAACAAAUUCAUCACCCGCAACAGCAUCCGUCGCAAUACCACUCCGGUAUCUAUCCUGGCGCGGUGGUGACUCCGUCUCAGCAGAUCCAAGCUGCUGGUCAAGAGGUGGUCUACGACACCACCUGUUAUCAGCAACAACAGUAUCAGCAACAACCUCAACAACCAACUCAGCAGCAACAACAGUACCAAAAAUGUGAGGUUUCGGUUGCUUCGGCCAGAGCGUCGGUUCUCGUUUAUAACGAGCAAAGUAAGAAAUGGAUACCUUCGGGGACGGCAUCUGGAUUGUCCAAGGUACACAUUUACCAGCACACUCUGAACGGCACGUUCCGCAUUGUGGGCCGCAAACUGGACGAUCACGAGGUAGUCAUAAACAGCGCCAUCCUACGGGGCUUCAAAUACAACCAAGCAACGCCUACCUUCCAUCAAUGGAGGGACCAAAGAACCAUUUACGGACUCAACUUCAGCUCUAAGGAUGACGCCGAGCAUUUCGCUCAUGCUAUGACUUCUGCCCUCGAGCAGUUGUCCAAUCCCAAUGUCCAAGCACUCCCUCCUCAACCUCCAGCCGCAGCUCCUGCGGUCGCUCCGGCCGCCGCCGUCGCUGCCGCCGUCACAGCUCCAAUAUACCAAACACCGGUCGAAGUUCCACCUCAGACCCAUCAUCAUGUGGCUCCGGUGACGAACGGAGCUCCUCCACCACCUCCUCCCCCCAUGCCGAUGGGUGCAGCACAGCACCAGAGGAAUCUAUCCAGCAAUGGAAGUCCCUACAGCACAGUUGGAAACGUUCCUCCUGCUCCUCCAGCGGGUCCUCCUCCUGCUCCCCCGGCUCCACCUGCUCCCCCGAUGGGCGCUCCGCCGGCACCCCCUCCGCCGGGACCGCCGAUGACAGCUGGUGCGCCUCCUCCGCCCCCUCCUCCUCCUCCGCCCGGGGGACCUUCAUCAGGAGACGGUGGCAACUCCCUCCUCGCCGCUCUUAGUAGCGUUAAACUCAAGAAGACCUCGCCCCCUGCCGAGAACGGUGGCAACCAUCCCGACACCAGCCAUUUGAGAAAACAGAGCUCAGGAAACCCUAUGGCCAGUAUGUUGGAUGAAAUGCAAGGCACUCUUGCGAAGAGGAGGGCCCAGGCGGAGAAGAAAUCCGCUGCGACCGCCCUUUUCCAAGACGGGAAAGACAAGGACCAGACGGACCAUUCAGCAAGCAAUGGGCAAUCUAACGCAAACUGUAAAACCUGGUCACCUGGGCAAAAUGGAGUUGUAAAACGAAACGAUCAAGGCGACACUAGUCCGAAGUCGCAGAGGAAGCAAAGGAUGGGCUCUCUUGGAGACAUGGAGGGUAUCAAAAUGAAUGGAGACAGUAACGGAACUGUCAUCGAUAACGAACAGAUGGAAAGACUCAAAAACGAAAUUCUCAACGACAUGAAGAAGCACAUGAACAAGAUCAAGGACGACAUAAUCAUCGCGAUUCGACAAGAACUCAAUCGACGAUAGACAUGGCAGUCUGCAGAAGUCGAUAUCGUGAUGGUGCCGAUUCACUGAU